CUCAGCAUUGCAGGCUACCCCAGACGCCAUGGACACUCGACUCCUCCUGGCUCUGUGUGUCAUCCUGCUGGCAUUGGGCUGUGUAGUCCAGGGGACCCCCGUCCCUGCGCAAGAUGAGCCUGCCCUGAUGGAAAAGGUGCAGAAGUCACUGUACGACUACUGGGACUCGGCCAAGGCCGCCGCCCAAGGCUUGUACCACAACUCGUACCUGGCCUCCAUGGACGAGAAAAUCAGGGACAUGUACACCAAGAGCACGGCAGCCAUGACCACCUACGCCAGCAUCUUCACUGACCAGAUCCUGUCCCUGCUGAAGGGAGAUGACUGA